AAUCUCUCCCUCUCAUUCUUCGUGCAUCGUAAACCCUGAGGGCAAACAUGAAGGCUUAAGCUACAGCUUCACUCUUAAAUCUACCGAGUUCGCCCGGAAGCAACAUCUGAGUCGUAACCCGCUCCCUUUCACAUUGAACAAUGCAAGUGGUAUCCAACGCUCGCCGAAUCGCUCGGCUCUUUCAAUCUCCGAUUUUGCUUUCCUCUCAUCUUCGAACCACAGAAGAGUUGAUUAUCUCAGGGCUCGCACAGCGCAAUCACCGGCAACUUAAAUCUGAACCGUUGAAUUUCUUCGCGUCAAAGGCUUUUUACAGUUCUGAAGCUGUUGAUAAUGUUGAAGGAACUCCCACUCCCACAGAAACUGUGAAGGAUCUUUAUGAUAAAAUGCUUGAAUCUGUAAAAGUUAAACGAUCGAUGCCUCCAAAUGCUUGGUUGUGGUCAAUGAUUGCUAAUUGUAAACAACAUCACGAUAUUACUCUUCUCUUUGACAUUUUGCAGAAGCUUCGCACAUUUAGGUUGUCAAACCUUCGCAUACAUGACGAUUUUAACUGUCAUCUCUGUCGCGAAGUUACUAAAGCAUGUGUUCAUGCCGGAGCCCUUGAUUUCGGAAAGAAGGCUUUGUGGAAGCAUAAUGUUUAUGGAUUGGCGCCGAGUGUUUCAUCUGCACAUUAUUUACUGGAGCAUGCUAAGAACCAUAAUGAUACUAACCUAUUGGUGGAAGUAAUGAAACUUUUGAAGAAGAAUGAUUUACUUUUGCAACCGGGCACGGCAGAUAUAGUUUUCAGCAUUUGUUACAAUACAGAUGAAUGGGAGUUGAUUAAUAAGUAUGCGAAAAGGUUUUUGAAGGCUGAUGUAAAACUACGACAAACCUCAUUUGGCAUAUGGAUGCAGUUUGCUGCCAAAAGAGGAGACACCGAGUCAUUAUGGAAAAUAGAAAAGUUGAGAUCUGAUUCAAUGAAGCAGCACACUUUGGCAACUGGGUUUUCUUGUGUCAAGGGUCUUCUGUUGGAAGGUAAACCCAGUGACGCUGUUGCCGUCAUUCAAGUUCUAAAUCAGACUCUGUCUGAUGCUAAAAAAUCAGGCAUGAAGGAUGAACUUCAGAAACUUGUAUCUGAGUGGCCUUUGGAAGUUCUUAAGCACAAAAACGAAGAGGAAAGAAAGACAUUAGCAGCCUCUUUGAAAUCUGAUAUCCUUGCCAUGGUGAAUGGUUUACUGGACAUGGGUCUUGAGGCAAAUAUUAGUUUGAAAGACCUAAACAGAAGCGAAGCUAUUCCACAAUAGCACGAGUUCAGAAUUUGUUGACCUCGGUUUUAGAAUAUGCUUGUUUGAGGACUAUCUCUAUCAAGGUCCUUCAUAGCCCUAGUAAGCUACCAAGUCUCUGAUCAUAUCAAAUGUUGAUUACUAAACGGAAAUUAAUUAAUUACUUUUUUGCUUGUAUUCUUACUAUUUCAUGUUGUAUGUUCCCCCAAGUGCUCAAUGUUUUGGUAGCAUAUUUGUGGCAUUUAGCAUGUUUUUCAAGAACAGAAAUAUAGAUGUCAGUGUGUUGGAACAAAAAUAAUUUGGCAUGUGCCGCUACUCUAAUGUGCAAGCAAUUCCUUUCUGACAAUACAAGUGGGGGAUACAAUCUUGGUUUUUUAA